AUGUCGCAGGAAACGGGACUCUUCUCCGUCCGCCGUCCACGAGAGACGCUCGGCGCCGUAUCGCACAACGUCUCCGCCAUUCCCAUGCCGGCCUCCGCCAUGAAGCGAUCCUCUUCCACCCAUUUCGGCGGGAAUACCACGACAAACCAUGCUCGAUCAACGUCGGGAUCGCGCAUGUCGCUCGCGCCCGGCCGACCUUCACAACCCAUGUUCGAUCGCUCAUCAUCGGGAGGAGAAUUGGCCGGAUUCUCGACCGUCCAGCGGCCGAGCACACAAAAUAUCUUCGCCAGCAGUCGAAAGAGCUUUGCGCCCGUCAGCGCCACGCCCGCAUCCUCAAAUCCCAUUCAAUUUCAGGACACGGCCAGACGGAGUAGCGUCUACAGCGCCCGUCCUUCUGCAGGCUUCGGUCCCCAAGGCCAUCAAUCGUUCUUUGCCACGGCUCCUCCCAUCAAUGGAAUUCCUCCCGRUCCACGAAGAUUACGCGAUUCGGCCACCCGACAGCAGAUGGGUCAGGAAUUGAUGGAGUUCUUGACCCAACGCAACUUCGAAAUGGAGAUGAAGCACUCCCYCACCCACAAGACGAUGACUUCUCCCACCCAAAAGGACUUUAACCUGAUGUUUCAGUUCCUCUACCACAACAUCGACCCGUCAUAUCGCUUCCAGAAGAACAUUGACGCAGAGGUCCCUCCCCUCCUCAAGCAGAUGCGAUAUCCUUUUGAGAAGAACAUCUCAAAGUCGCAGUUGGCGGCUGUGGGAGGGAAUAACUGGAGCACCUUCCUCGGACUACUCCACUGGAUGAUGUUGCUGGCCAAAAUGAUGGAGCAGUACAGCAUGGGAAUGUGGGAUGAUGCUUGUGCAGAGGCCGGUUUUGAUGUCAGCGCUGAUCGCAUCACUUUUCAAUUCUUGUCAGACGCAUAUAAGGAGUGGCUGUCAAUCGAGGAUGAUGAUGAUGAAGAGGAGGAGGCCAAGCGAAGGAUUCAACCGCAUGUGGAUGCAAUGGCGGCGAAAUUUGAACAGGCGAAUGCUGCAAAUCUGGAACAAGUCAAGCUAUUGGAGACCGAAUCAAAGGCCCUCCAAGAACGAAUCGAUGAUCUGGGAAAAUCCGCGCCGAGACUGGCAAAACUGGACGAGACAAUCAAGAUUCUGGAGGAAGACCGUCAGAAAUUCGAACAGUACAACGCAUCCAUGGACGCCAAGGUUGAAAAGUACAGUCACCGCGCCGAACUCCUUCAACAAGAGAUUGAGAAGUGUGAAACGGAAAUGGCUGAAGCUGAGGCUGAUCGAGAUGAUCUCCAACGACAAGUCGACGAACAGGGCCUCUCCGUUCAGGAUAUUGACAGAAUGAACAACGAGCGGGAACGUCUCAUCAAAGGUGUGGAAGCCACACAAGUUCGCCUCGAAGAGACAAAAGAACGCUCCUCCAAGAAAGAAGCAGAAACUGGCGCGAAGCUGGAUGAGCUGGAAAGCGCUGUACAACGAUACAAUGGUCUGGGUUACCAAAUUGGCAUCAUUCCCGCAACAGCCCACAACGCUCACGACUUCGAGUAUGAACUGCGUCUGGAUCUCAAUUCCGGACCGGACUUUAGUGCAAGUCAGCAAUUCUCCUCUUCCCGUUCGGGAGGAAGUAAACCUGGAGACCGUCUCCUUCAGGACGCAGAACAUGGCUACGUGCCACACCAUCUCCUGCCCACACCAGACCUCAAACUCACCAAACGCCACCUCCAAGAUCUUCGAAAGGAAAUCAGUGAGAGGAGGAAUACUGCUCUAGAAGAAGACAUGGCGAAAGUAGACAUGCUCGACAAAACCCGCGAAGCUCUCGAAGACAAAGCCUCGGAACUCGAAACUCUUCAACAUCGUGUAGAAGCCGCACAAACUGCUUUUGAGAAGGCUCGAGAGGUCACCACCACUCAAGGAAUGGCCUCGGAAACCCAAAUCGAGCGAAUGGAGAAGGAGUUGGGCAAAAUGAGAGCCGGGGUCGGGGAGACGGUGGCUUUAAUGGAACAGAGGGAAAUGGCAGUGAAUCUUGAAUACGAGGAGAUGAUCUUCAAGGGAGGAGCGAUGCGGGAGGAAAUGUACGGGGAGUUGGAAAGGAUUGUGAAGUUCGUGGUUGAUUGGAAAAUCCAUGUGCAAGGGUCGCUGGAGCAGUACGAGGAAUUCGUCGCCGAGGAGGUGGAGAGGGAGUUUGAGGGGGAAGGACGAAGGGAUGGUGGGGAGGUCUUUGAGGAUGAUAUGGAGGAGUAG